GUGCUUAAUUCGAGCAAUUAGCAUUUUCGCCGCAUUAGCGAGAUGUGUAAGCAACCACCAACUUCUCAAAGCAUAUAUGCACGCAACCACAUCAAGUAGUUACCAACUUUGUAGGGAAUCUCUUAUUAUCGAGUCAUUCACACGCAGUCACGCACUCAACUCAUAGCUGGCGCUGCUUCCUUGUUAUCUUGCCCCUGAUUAGCUUAAAACAAAUCUAAUGAAAACUCCACGCCAUAGCCAUUAGCCAGCACACUGCUUUUUCACUAACCCAAAACUCCUACACACUUUGCCUACAAAUACUAAUCCCACCACUUUCCCAUUUCUCUCAUUCAGACCCCAUUUCCAUUUUCUUCCACAUUCUCAGUCUCAAAACCACCACCCAUGGCGUUUCACAGGCACCUUUUCAGAAGCGUUAUGAAACCCAAGAUUGGUGGUGCUAGGGUGUCUUUCUCUACCGUUCAAUCUGCCACUGCUGACGAAGCAGCUGUGCCUUCUUUGCCGCCGUUCGAUUACGAGCCGAGGCCCUACAAUGGGCCACGCGCCGAUCAGGUCUUCGAGAAGCGGAAGAAGUUUCUGGGUCCUUCUCUUUUCCACUUCUACCAGAAGCCUAUCAAUAUCGUAGAAGGGAAGAUGCAAUAUCUGUUUGAUGAGGAUGGCAGGCGCUACCUCGAUGCUUUUGCUGGAAUUGUGACUGUUUCUUGCGGACAUUGUCAUCCUGUUGUUUUGAAUGCUAUCAUGGAGCAGAGCAGGCUUCUUCAGCAUGCUACGACCAUAUACUUGCACCACACAAUCGCAGAUUUCGCAGAGGCAUUGGCUUCAAAAAUGCCUGGAAAUUUGAAGGUGGUAUACUUUGUAAAUUCUGGGACAGAAGCAAAUGAGUUGGCGAUGCUGAUGGCUCGUCUGUACAGUGGUAGUCUUGGCAUGAUUGCGUUGAGAAAUGCAUAUCAUGGUGGAAGUUCCAAUACGAUUGGUUUGACAGCGCUGAACACAUGGAAGUAUCCAAUUCCACAGGGUGAAAUUCAUCACGUUGUAAAUCCAGAUCCAUACCGUGGAGUCUUUGGCUCUGAUGCCAAAAGUUAUGCUGAAGAUGUGCAAGAUCACAUUGAUUAUGGGACUUCUGGAAAAGUUGCUGGAUUCAUAUCGGAAACAAUUCAGGGAGUUGGAGGAGCAGUUGAAUUGGCCCCUGGUUAUUUGAAAAUGGUUUAUGACAUUGUUCGAAAGGCUGGUGGUGUCUGCAUCGCUGAUGAAGUACAAACUGGGUUUGGCCGCACUGGAAGUCACUAUUGGGGCUUUGAAACUCAGGGUGUCAUUCCUGAUAUUGUAACUAUGGCAAAGGGCAUUGGAAAUGGAUUGCCCUUGGGAGCAGUGGUGACUACACCAGAAAUCGCUAGUGUACUAGCACAAAAGACACAUUUCAACACAUAUGGUGGAAACCCUGUAUGCUCUGCUGGAGGGCUUGCAGUUCUUAAAGUUAUUGAUGAGGAGAAGCGUCAAACUCACUCCGCUGAUGUUGGCUCUCACUUGCUUGGUCGUUUGAGAGAUCUUCAGCAGAGACACGACAUCAUUGGUGAUGUGAGAGGCCGAGGAUUGAUGGUCGGAGUAGAGCUCGUGACCGACAGGACUGAAAAGACACCUGCUAAGGCAGAAACUGCGGUGUUGUUUGAAAACCUUAGAGAGCUGGGAAUUCUGGUUGGGAAAGGAGGUCUACACGGCAACGUAUUUAGGGUAAAACCACCAAUGUGUUUUACCAAGGACGAUGCAGAUUUUCUUGUAGAUGCAAUGGAUUAUUCCAUGUCAAAGUUGUGAAGCCAAUGCUUGAAGAAGACAACGAGGUUCUGUACUUUGUAAAUUGCUUUGCUUAGAGGCUCCUCCACUAGGAAACUUGAAUAAUGUAGUAAAUGUACGGUGAACUUCCUUGAGUUUUAUGGUCAUUCAAUGAGAAAUAGCCAGCUUGGUGUUCCCCGACACCCCAUUCAUCAAAAAUUACAAGUGCAUAAGUAAGUAAAAGCAUAGUCCUUGCCAAACAAAAAUGAAGCGAAAUCAUCAUGAAAGAGGCUGCUCUUCUGAAAUUCUUGGGGUUUCAACUUUCAAGCUUUUGAUUUUGAGCUAAAAUGGAGGAGGGUACGAGACUAUGAGGAGGGGAGAUGUGAAGUGGGGCAGAUCUCAAAUUAACAUCUUUGGCAAAUUAAUUUUGUGUUUACAUGUUGCUCAUUGCCAAAUGCCAAUUUGCAGACAAACUUUUUCA